AUGACUCCCAAUCUGUUGGUCGUUACCCAAAAGGCUUUCUCCCCCCACAAAUGGUUCAAACGCUCCAACAGUGGACGCACGGAGAGAACGAUCGAAGAGUGGCCAACCCCAGUGCCUGGACGAUACGAACACAUUCCUGGCCGCGGAUGGUACCUCAUUGCAACACUCAAGGACGCUGCUGCCCACGGUUCAGACGUAAAGUCUUCUGAUGGCGGCCCGGUACUGCCCGUGAAGUCGCCCAUGGCCAAGGAGUAUGUCAAACUGGACCAACCCAUUCAGGUCCACAAAUCCAAGGUUCUCACGGGACGCUGGUUUCUGGAUCCCGACUACAAGAUGCGCAAGAGGCAGGGCAUCAUCAAGAAUGAGCAAGGCAAGCAGGUCGAAGUCGGCUUCUUCCAGCUCGACGACGGUACCUGGGUCAACUGCUGGGACCAUGAGGGCAACUUCAUCCCCGGCGACCCCAAAAUCCGUGGUUAUCGGAGAUGGUGCAUCGACGCCCAAACCAAGCAGUUCCGUCAUAUGCUCAAGCGUGAUGAUCCAAACUAUGUGCGAUCUCGUCAGAAUUCCCCAGAGGGCGAGCUCGAUUCACAUAGCCAGGAUUCCAUGAGCGAUGUGUUGCGCGGCAGUCGUCCUAAUAGCACUCGAAACGGACCGAGUGUGCCUAGCACACGAGCCAGCAGUAUCCGCUUUGGUCCGUCGGCUCCGUCCUCCAAGGCACCGAGUCAGCGCCCUUCACGGGCAAACAGUCCGCUGCGCAACAACAGCAUCCCCCUCGAGGAGGCCAAGAUGGCUCUGAGACGCAUGGCCAAGGAACAAGAGGAAGCUGUCUCUGCCAUUGCUGCUUCACGCGUUCGCACCAUCUCCAAGGAUCGUGUGGAGCAGAUUGAACGUGGCCGACCCACUGUUCGUGUGGAUGGUUGA